AUGCGAUCGAAGUUCAAGGACGAGCACCCCUUUGAGAAGCGCAAGGCAGAAGCUGAGCGCAUCCGCCAGAAAUACGCAGACCGCAUCCCCGUUAUCUGCGAGAAGGUCGAGAAAUCAGAUAUCGCCACUAUCGACAAGAAGAAAUAUCUCGUUCCUGCAGACCUCACCGUCGGACAGUUCGUAUACGUCAUCCGCAAACGCAUCAAGCUCUCUCCAGAGAAGGCCAUCUUCAUCUUCGUCGACGAAGUCCUUCCGCCAACUGCCGCUCUCAUGAGCAGCAUCUAUGAGGAGCACAAGGACGAGGACGGCUUCCUAUACAUCACAUAUUCCGGCGAAAACACAUUCGGAAGCUUCUCCGAGCUGCAGUAA